GCAGCAGCAGCAGCAAGCCUCGCUUCUUCUGAACCAUGCGAUGAAAGCGUUGCUGCUGCUCUUUAUUUUGGUGGGCGGGUUGGUAAGCGUAUGUGUUCGCCUACCGUCACCAGUAAACCAAGAACAUCGCUCCGCGGAGGCAGCAGCAGCUGUUGUUGAGCUUGGGUGGCAGCCGGCGUCACGAGGCUCCACGCAUGAGGCUCGGAAAGAAAGGGCAGAGCCGCGGCGGCCAUGGGCAAGGGCACAGCCAGGGAGAGGGAAGGGGGCAGAUGGGCAAGGGCGUGGGGCCGGAGAAGGCGGCUCCGAGACGAGGGCACUCAAUGCUGAGACGGCUGCUGCAGCGGCUUCUUCGAGCAACAGUCCGAAGCUGCAGGUUCCCGCGGUUGCCGACAAAAGUAAAAGUCGUAGUGCCUCGAACGGCGGCGGUCACCAGCCGGAUUUGCCUGAGAAGUCUUCGAUUCAGCCUAUCGACAUCCCUUUCCUUCAAGAACCUGGUGGAUGGCAGCUUCCGGGCAACGGAAUCUCUAUGGACGCGACCGGUGAACCAAAAUCCGGCACGACCUGGCUAGGGAGGUUGGUACCGGACCUGGCGCUACACCUUUGUGGGAACGCGAACAACUCGUGGUGCGGCAUGGGAGGACUAGCUGUUCUCGACAACCUACCGGCGCCAAAGUACGUGUUCGAGAUGGUGAACAAGACCGCCGGCGAGGGUGCUCUCUUCCUUCACUUCGAUGGCAACGGCAAGCACUACAUACCGGGCAUGAAGGGCGAGCCGCAUCCCGGCUGCGACAACGGGGGCAGGCCGCACGAGAACUACUUCGGGGACACUCCGCCGUGCCUGGACGAAGAGGAGACUCCGACGAGGGAGCGCCUGCGCGCGUGCCUCUUUAACACGUCGGCCCUGUGCGUGCAGUACAUGGCAAGCGUCGAUCCGGACGUAAGGCGGAGUAUGGUCAUCAUACGGGACCCCAGAGAUGUGGCGAUGUCCGAGCGGGAAAUGCGGAUUAAAUACUACAGAGAACCCGCCUGGAUCAGAAAGACUACGCCGGACGUGUUCGCGCGGAAACGUUUCGAGAUUCUGGUCUCAUGGACACACCAGCGGUACCUCUGGCACACGGAAACGGUCAUGGCGCCCUCGUCUCACGUCGUCUUCUAUGAGGAUCUGAAGGACCAUCACCACGGCUUCAUCGGCAUGGCAGACUUCAUGGGCCUGGCGUGCUCCGAGGAGGACGCCCUCGAGGUGUGGCGUGCCCACCGGAAUCCCGCACCGCACGGGGACUACAGCACGCACGGGCUCCAGCUGGAGACGAUCCAGUGGAUGAACGAAACCAUGGCGAGGCUGCUGCCUCCCUCGCUGGCCUUCCGCUGGGGAGUGACCCCGACCGACCUCGGAGCUUGAGAGACGACCACCCCACAGGAGUUGGGCGAGGUUGAUUUGGUAUGUCCAGGCAACGACACGUACCAGUCUUCGGGAGCCGACAGGGUCCCCUCUAUCGCCGCAGCGUUCCUUUGCUUUUUCUGCCGUUGCAUGUGUGAGCGUUGGUUGCGUCCACGAGUGUUGAAUGUGUCGGAUAGUUCGGACGCCGUGGUGAACCGUGAACCGUGAACCGUGAACCGUGAACCGUGAAGGGAAGUACGUCUGGGCACACGCAGACAAAAACCAUAGCGCCACGACGUCAUUGCGAAUGGGUAUCUUGAGUUUUUUUCGUUUCGAUCAGAGUUUGGUUGUGUGCGGCGUUGGCCCUACGCUGUGAGAGAUCGUGUUCGAUACAGAGGGAGGCGACGCGCUGGUCUCCAACAGUCCAUGUCGUCGCGUCAACUACAGACAGUCGUGUGGUUCUUGUGGAAGUCGUUCCUGUUGCCCGAAAGGUUGGAUGAGUUCUGCACGUUGAAGUAUUGGUUAUUGCUUGGGGGUUGCGGGGUGCUGAUGUGUGUGUGUUAUUUUUUAUUAUUAGCAUCGACCUGUAUGUGUGUUUUUUUUGUUUGGUGUGUCAUUUUUACUGGUGGUGCUUGCAGGCUGGGUGGUGCUGCGAGUAUGGUGUGGUUUUGUAACUAUUUCCUCGUGUUCUGUUGUUCCGGUCGUCUAACCUUUGUCGGUCGGUGGUACCUGUUCAAUAGACUAGACCCCCCAGGGACCGGUUGACUUGUGUAGUGUGUGGCACUGGUGCUGUUCAGAUAUAUAUUGGUUUGAGUUUGUUGGGCUGGUGAGGGCCGGAGACUCGAGUGGAACUGGACCUCUGUGUAGAUUGCAUGUGGUCGGAAAUGGCAGGCCAGCGCUUGCAAAGAUUGUGGUUGGAGUGCGAGCAGCCUUUGAUGAUGACCUGCCUUGCACCUUCCUAGGGUACACAGCAGUUGUUUACUGGGUGUCAGGGUCAGGCUUAGAGGUGUGAUUCGUGCGCAUGAUCUCUUGCGCGUUUUAUGAGCGCCUCUGUUCGGAUUGUUUAUACAUUAUUUUUCGUGGUUGUACAAACGUGCGAUUUGUUGGCUUUCCGUGGGGAUGUUAUGACCGCUGCGUGCCGGGAGACCUUGUGCGUGUUAUCAUGUCCAAUGCGACUGGUGCUCGCUAGAACACGCUAGGUGGAGCGUUCUUGUCCAUGUUUUCGCGCGUUAUAUUUUGUGUGCGUGCUUUUGUGCUCCUUCUUUGGAUCUUGAACACCUCGUCUUUCAUUGCCUUUCAAGCAUGAAAAAAAAAUUGGUUUGGGUUGCCCAAGGGGGUAAAUAUGGCUGGAGGCCUUGUAAGUGUGGCCACAUCCACGAUGGUUGCUCGCUAGACAAACACAAUAGGACCUUUCUUGUCUCCGUAAUCGCGAAAGCUCAUUCUCAGUCAUACGUGUUUUGGUGGCGCCUCUGUUUGGGUGCUGUAUUCUGUGUUUCGCGUCCGUUCAAGCAUGGUAUGGUCGUUGGCUUCCCAUGGAACAGCUGGCGGUAUUCAUUUAUUUUUGUAAUCUGAGUGUUGCUACAUCCACUGCGGCGGGUCCUUGCUACAUAGUUCCAGAAUACGGGGUGCGGGUCGAGCUUGUUUUCGGUUGUCAUCGAUGCUCUUGCCUGUGUUUCCUUGCGUUGAAAACAUAAAAAGGCGUUCUGACGUACCUCAGCCGUGGUGCUUCUUGUUGUCUGCAUCUACUGCCUCUGCCGUAGAUACACGGUGGAGCUGCGCCCAUGGGUGCUAGUGCUCUGCCUACAUCACCGAAGG